GAACGGCUGCUUCAACAGCUGCAUAAACUGUAGUAUAUUUAUUGUACGUUAUUUUUUAGAUAAUUCAAGUUUUAUUUACAACAAGUUUAUUUGUUCUUACAUUCAUUCAUUAUCGAGACUAAUGAAGAUGAUGGUGAAAAAUGUACAUUGUUAUCUAUUACCUUGUUGUGUGUGAUUUAUAAAAGUGUUGUAUAUGAAAUGUCAUUAAAUGGCGUUCCAAGUGAUUUGCUAAUAAAAAAAGUGAAAAAAGAUCCGGUUGACAUGAUUUGUUGAUCAAUAAUAUAAAAAGCUCUUUAGCUAGACAUUAACACGAAUUAACCAAAAACCCAUUUAUUUAUUGAAAUUGAAAAUUAUUUACAUUGAAAAAUGGAACAAAGUGGAGUGCAAAAUCAAGCUCAACUGUCAAAUAACCUUUCUGGAGAGUCUGGAGAUGUUAGUGGAAGUUGCUUACUUCUACGAUAUGCCAGUCAAAAUUCUUUGGAUGAAAGUUCACAAAAACAAGUUCCCAGAGAAAGUGGCAAGGACAAACCGCCUUAUCGUAACCAUCAUCAUACAAACAGAGCCUUUGAUGUUAUAAAUGCAAUGAGAAAGCAAAAUUUGCUAUGUGACGUUAUUCUGGAAGCAGAUGGAGGAAUAGAUGUACCCGCACACAAAAUGGUUUUAGCAGCUUGCAGUCCUUAUUUCUAUGCGAUGUUCACUAGUUUCGAAGAGCGUGAUCAACGUCGUAUUAAAUUACAAGGGGUUGAUCAUGCAGCCUUAGAAUUACUCGUUAAUUAUGUCUACUCUGCAGAGGUUCAUGUCACUGAAGAGAAUGUACAAGUUUUAUUACCAGCAGCUAAUCUACUUCAACUUACGGAUGUCCGUGAUGCAUGUUGCGAUUUUUUACAAGCGCAACUACAUCCUUCUAAUUGCUUAGGAAUUCGUGCCUUUGCAGAUCUUCAUGGAUGUUUGGAACUGUUGGCACACGCUGACAGUUAUAUUGAGCAACAUUUUUCAGAAGUUGUUGAGGGUGAGGAAUUUUUAACUUUAGCCCCGCAGCAAGUUGCAAAUUUAAUUUGUAGUGAUCGAUUAUCAGUUCCGUCAGAAGAAAAAGUUUUUGAAUGUGUAAUAUCGUGGGUACACUCAGAUCUAGAAAAAAGGCAAAAUUAUUUAGCUCAACUGAUGGAACACGUUCGAUUACCACUUUUAUCUCAAGAAUAUUUAGUUCAACGUGUUGAAGAAGAACCACUUCUCAAAGCAAAUCUCCAAUGCAAAGAUUUUUUAAUUGAAGCCCUGAAGUAUCAUCUGCUCAAGGGAGAACAAAAGUCUCUAUUCAAAACACCUCGAACAAAGCCACGUCAGCCGCGAGGUUUACCUAAAGUUUUGUUAGUAGUUGGAGGUCAAGCACCUAAGGCGAUUCGCAGUGUAGAAUGUUACGACUUUAAAGAAGAAAAAUGGUAUCAAGUCGCAGAAUUGCCAACAAGACGUUGUAGAGCUGGUCUAUCAGUACUUGGCGGUCGAGUUUAUGCAGUUGGUGGUUUUAACGGAUCGUUAAGGGUUCGGACUGUUGAUGUUUACGAUGGGGCCGCCGACCAGUGGUCAGCAUGUUCGGGAAUGGAAGCCCGGCGAUCAACUCUAGGCGUUGCAGUUCUUGGUAACUGUAUCUAUGCGGUUGGCGGUUUUGAUGGUACGACAGGAUUGAAUUCCGCUGAAGUUUAUGAUCCUAGAACACACGAAUGGCGAAUGAUUUCUCCAAUGGGUACAAGACGAAGUAGUGUGGGUGUUGGAGUUGUCAAAAAUCUCUUAUAUGCAGUAGGAGGAUACGAUGGAGUGUCAAGACAAUGUUUAUCUAGUGUAGAGUGUUAUAACCCAGAAAAAGACAAGUGGAAGUCAGUAGCAGAAAUGUCUGCAAGGCGUUCUGGAGCAGGUGUAGGAGUUUUAGAUGGAAUUUUAUAUGCUGUUGGAGGCCACGAUGGUCCUUUGGUACGAAAGAGUGUAGAAGCUUACAAUCCUGAGACCAAUCAAUGGACUCCUAUUGCAGAUAUGGCUCUUUGUCGGCGUAACGCUGGUGUAGUAACGUAUAAUGGUCUUUUAUAUGUCGUUGGAGGUGAUGAUGGGACAUCAAAUUUAUCAUCAGUUGAAGUUUACAGCCCAAGAACGAACACUUGGACUCCCUUGCCCAGUUGCAUGAGUAUAGGACGUAGCUAUGCUGGUGUUGCUAUCAUUGACAAACCGCAAGUCUUGCAAAUGAUGUGAGGGUUGCAAACCGCUGGGCUUUCCAAAGAU